AUGUGACUGUUCUGUAAGAGAACAGCUGACCAGCAACAUUUAACUUCCUCAUUACCAGGAGAUUCUGCAAGUCUCACAGUACUCCAGGCAAUGGAAUAAGGCAAAGGCAGGAUUCCUGAGCAGCCCACCAUGUCUCCCCCACCAUGUCUCACUUUAAGGACCUGCUUGCUGCUGCUGCUGCUGUCGGUGUGCUCACUGGGCAGAGUGGAGGGGGCAGCUCGGAAGCCUAACAUCGUGCUGAUUCUGACAGAUGAUCAGGAUGUCUCCCUGGGUGGCAUGACUCCAUUAAAGAAGACCAAGGCGCUGAUUGCAGACCAUGGUAUAACCUUCAGUAAUGCAUUUGUUGCCAGUGCCUUGUGUUGUCCCAGUAGAUCUAGCAUCCUGACUGGCAAGUACCCGCACAAUCACCAUGUGAUAAAUAACACCAUAGAGGGAAACUGUAGCAGCAAAGCCUGGCAGAAGACUCAGGAGCCGUAUACCUUCCCUGCAUUGCUCAACUCCAUUGGCUACCAGACAUUCUUUGCCGGGAAAUAUUUAAAUCAGUAUGGAGCAGAAGAUGCUGGAGGGAUCGCUCAUGUGCCCCCAGGCUGGAGUUAUUGGUAUGCUCUGGAGAAAAAUUCCAAGUAUUAUAACUACACUCUGUCAAAGAAUGGCAAAGCUCAACAUCACGGGGGAAACUAUAGCCUGGAUUACUUGACGGAUGUCCUGGCCAAUGUUUCUUUGGACUUCUUGAAUUACAAAUCAAAUUAUGAGCCUUUUUUCAUGAUGGUUUCAACACCAGCCCCGCACUCCCCAUGGACAGCGGCUCCGCAGUAUGAGAAAGAGUUCCUUAAUGUCAGCGCUCCCAGGACCAGCAAUUUCAAUGUUCACGGCAAGGACAAGCAUUGGUUGAUCAGACAGGCCAAGACACCAAUGUCCAACACAUCUAUGCAAUUCUUAGAUAAUGCAUUUCGGAAGAGAUGGCAGACCCUUCUCUCUGUUGAUGACCUUGUAGAGAAGCUCUUGAAGGAGCUUGAGACUCGUGAUGAGCUGAAUAACACAUAUGUAUUCUUCACGUCAGACAAUGGAUAUCAUACAGGGCAAUUCUCACUGCCAAUAGACAAGCGCCAGCUGUACGAGUUUGAUAUCCGAGUUCCACUGCUUGUUCGGGGACCGAGUAUAAAGCCCAAUCAGAUAUCCAAGUCACUUGUUGCAAACGUUGAUCUGGGUCCAACCAUUCUGGAUAUCGCUGGAUUUAACCUGAAUAAAACACAGAUGGAUGGCAUGUCUUUUCUACCAAUUUUGACCGGUGCAAGUAACGUGACGUGGAGAACAGAUAUUUUGGUUGAAUAUCAAGGGGAAGGCCUUAAUGUUACAGAUCCAACUUGUCCUGCUCUGGGUCCUGGUGUUUCUCAAUGUUUUCCAGACUGUGUUUGUGAAGAUGCAUACAAUAAUACCUAUGCCUGUGUGAGGACAAUUGCGCCAGCCUAUGACUUGCAGUAUUGCGAGUUUGAUGAUACAGAGGUCUUUGUGGAAGUGUACAAUCUAACAGCUGAUCCCAACCAGCUCACCAACAUCGCUAAAACCAUAGAUCAGGAGAUCCUCGAGAAGAUGAAUCGGCGGCUGAUGAUGCUUCAGUCUUGUUCUGGUCCAUCGUGUCGAACCCCAGGAGUAUUCGAUCCGAGAUUCAGCUUUGAUCCCAGAAUGAUAUUCAUGGAUGCAGGUUCACAAGGCCGUAUUCGCCAGAAGCUCUAUAGAGUAACCCAAACCUGAUUCCGAAUGGCUGACAUUUUGAUUGUUUUAUUUUUAUGGAGUAACUGAGCUGCUCUGGUUUGCGUUACGAGCGGCUGAUUUCAUAGAGACUUCAGUAGGUUGGCUCUUUUUUUCUAUUCUGUGCAGGACCUAAUCAGUAGUUACUUCUUCAUGAUUUUGUCAGUUUUAACACUUUGGCUGGCGACCACAUGGUUUUGCUGUUUUUUUUUCUUACUUGAUUUGUUACGUGGUAUUGUAUCCAAGUCACUAUGGUGGGGUGCCCUGACCCCAUCGACCAAUCUGUCUGCAAUACGGUUUAUAACUUAAAAGGCCCAUCCUUUUCUGUGAUAAAGGGAAAUCCUGUAGUGCAAAGAUACAUUUCUCUGUCAUUCUAAAAAUCAAAGAAAGAUAUAUUCAGAUAUGCUGGGGGAAAACACUGAUUUAAACUGUGUUCCAUUCAUUAAUAUUUUUUUUUUUUUUUCAUCGUCAAAUUUAUAUCUUUAUUUUUUUAUUUUUUUUGGAAGGGGUGAUUUAAGGGUUGGUAUUUUGAAUUAUUGCCCAAAACGCACUUUAACCCUUCUAAUUAAAAAUAUAUAUAUGUAUAAUUUUUUUACUUUUUAUUUAUUUUUCUUUUUUUCAUUAUUAUUUUAUUUUAUUUGUUGUCUUUUUUUCUAGCGUCUCCACAAUGUGAAUAUGAAAUAGUGUUCUUCAAUGCAAGGUUUAUCCAUAUGUUUUAUGCAACUUGUUAUCUUAACAGAUGUGCAUAAAACACAAUAUUGUAAGAUUAGAUUUAUUCACAAAUCUUGGAACUUGUGUUGAACUGACAAGCGGUUGACACAUUUUUGUGGCUUAAAAUUCAGUAAUUUUCCCCCAUCAGCCAGCCAUAAUUCAUGGUCUAGUGAAUAAAACUGUGAUUUACCUUUUUAGUAUCUUUUCAUCUUUAAUAUGUUUAAGUGAAAUCAUUUCCAGCCGUGUUGCGGUCCCAUUUCCUUAAAAGAGAAAUUGUAUGAAUUGUAAAAUUUGGGAUUUAAGAACAUAGAUCGUGUAAAGCUGUUGUGUGCAGUAUUCAUUGGCACUGUAGAAUUACUGCUUUAUAAAUAAAAAAGGGAUUUUGUUUGGCAAAUUGAGAAAUCCAAUUGCAGAUUUAAUAAUUAUGCUUGGUAUUUCUAUUUAGACUUUUUCUAAGUCAAUCUGUAGUUUGCCUUAUCUUUGCGCGACUCAAAGAUCAGUGGCAAAUUAACAAAUUUAAUUAACAAAUUAACUGAGCACCAUAACCACUUAUCACCAAAGUGGUUAUUUUGCCUGGAGUUCCUUAGUGAUGUCCAAUGGUUUGAAAAUGGUUUAGCAUUGAAUGAUGUUUAGUGGGAGUCCAUGACUUUGCCCCUAACCCACACGUUGAAACGUACGGCUAAGGCGGAAUGUAACCCGUUAUUAGCCGUACCAAUUGAUUCUAGAGAAGCAGUGAUUAGGCCGAGAGGUGAUGCAUUAGCCCAACCAGCAGAGUUGCUAGAUUAACACUACUAAAGUAGGGUUAAACCAUUUCAACAUGAACAGUGUGAUAGCUUCAGGAGACUCCAGGCACCAUAACCACUCCAAUGAGAUGAAGUGGUUAAGGUGCCUAGAGUGUCCUUUCAAUACUGUAAUCCUGAAGAUAAAACAGAUCAUGCACUUUUGAUUAAGUGCCAAUUUUGCAUAAUUUUGCACAGCACUCAUUUUAACUUUCGUCACGAAAUAUACACUUUGAAUAUGAAGGAAUAGUGUCUUGCUUUUAAACUCUUUCAAAUGCUAUUCAGCAUAGAAAGCUUAGCGGUACUGGUUGAUUUUUGUUUAUUUUGUUUCUGCCAUUUCAUUUUAUUCUUGGGAAUUUUGCAAACCACUACAAAUUAAUGCAUUCUACUAUUUUCUGUGCUAUUUUAAGCCCGUUGUAAUAACUCCAAUAAAUUAUGAAUAUUUUCAUAUAUUCUGAUUUAAGUUUGCUUUGUAUUUUGGUAACAUAUGGUAUAGACUAAACUUGUGCACAAAUUCACUUCAGCUGCUACGAACGAAUCAAAGUCCUUUUUAAUUUACGCCCAAACGAAUUAAUCCGGCCAGGAUUUAGCUGUGGGAUCUUAUUCGAUGGAUAAGACUCCACAGGUGAAUCCUUGACGACUCAAUUUGUUCAGGUGCAGAUUAAAAGGAAUUUGGUUUGUUCAUACCAACUAAACAGAAUUUAUGCACAAGGCUUGUAUAGACUGGGGUCACUGAUUGUGUGAAUUGCUUACGUUUUAAAAGGAUCGGUGUCCAGAAAAAAAACCAAAGGAUUUAUUGCAUCCGCCGUGUAAAUAUGUUUUAUGUAAUCAUCUAAAACUGCUUAUUGACAAACUGAUUAGAUAACUUUUAUAAAGUAUGACCAACUAUCUUAAUUUUCUUUAUUCACUGUGCACAAACUAAGCCCGAUUGUUGUAAUAUAAAGCCAUAAUUUUGAACCACGUACCUAGAUGUCUUGGAAUUGGCAGUGCCAGUUUGUGAAGUCACUAUAUUUGGCCAACCUGCAUGUAUUACAUGUGUAGCCAAACAUAUCCGCAUCCUGUAAUGGGGUAAUGCCAAGUUUGAUUGAACUGAACAUCUUCUCAAAUAUUGGAAAUCUGAAGUCUGUUUCAAAAUGUAAGGCCGAAUUUUUUUUUAUUUUUCUAUUUUGGCCUCUAAAUUUUGAAGUUCACUUUUUUUAAGAAUAGCCCUAUAAGUUCACAAUUUAAAGAAUGAGGCGCCCCACCUCUUCACGCACAGGUGCCCUGUAAGUGGCUUAAAAGGCAUAUAAAUCACUUUGAGCCUUUGAAGUGGUUUAAGUAGUAGUAUUACAGUUGGUGUGUUUAUCUCCCAUGUUACAAUUAGAUUAGAUGGGGGAACUUGGACCGAGAGGGAUUAACACAGUAUGGCCAUAUGGUGGGACUAAAUCCCUGUAUUUGUUACAGAUGUGAGCAUUGAAUACAUGUCGCUCUUAAGUUUUAGUUUGGAGAAGCAAAAAACUACCAUGAGACUGUAACAGGUGAAGGGCCUUUGGUUUUGUAGCGUUUGCACAUGUCCAUACGAUUGGGGGG